AUGAAUGGCCCAGAUUAUAUAAAAGAUCAUCUAACUAAAGUUCAUCAGCACACUUCCUAUAUAGGAGAAAAACGCCCAGCAUUGGAAAAGACUGGAGAUCUCAGAUAUUUAUGGAGGCCUGCCCCAAACAGAAGCUUACCAGCAAAAUAUAAAUAUGAGUAUGUGGGUGAAGUUGGUUGGGGAAUACCAGAGUAUGAUUUUAUCAACCAAACAAGGCUUCAGACUGGCUUUCAGAUCAAGUGUGGAGAACUAAAUCAAGCCACUAUUGAUAAAAUAAGCCACAGAUACCAAAAUCCAUGGCAACCAAAACCUGAUAUUAUGGAUAUGCAAGGAAAAUACAGUCGUGGUUUUAUUGCCUGGCAUAUGGGUAAUUAUGAGAACACCAAUGAGAGAAAUUCCAAAGGAGCUGUCCUUGUCAGGCAGAGCACAGCUGCGCUGCCAAGAGCUUCCAGAUCACCUAAGCUGCCCAAGCUGCCAAGAAAGGAAGAGUUCCUUUUAACCUAUCAGAACAUUUUGGAAUUUAUAUUGGAUUUCCACAAUAAUGUCCAUACUGUGGAAGAGUUGCAAGAACAGUACAAAGUGAAACAUGAUAUUCGUUACCCAGAAUAG